UGCAGAUGGCGGAACGCAGCCUUAACUUGUUACGAAUGACAACGGGCUGAAAAGGAAUCGAGACUUACCGGUAACAACAAAGACUCGCAUCGGUUCAUUGAAAAAAAGCCUCGCUGUGCACACAGACAGUAUUUCGCACCUUGCUCCUACCCGUCAGCUGGAGCCCAGUGCAACAUUCGCCGUCGCCAACAGCACCAGAGGGACUCAUUUCAUAUUUGGACCUGUGGCUGGUGCUGCUGCCGUGACAGCUCUCCGAUUGGCUCAGAUUGAGACUCAGGCACAGAUUGCUCUCCAGCAGCUUGCCACUUUAGUGACCAUAACUGUUGGCAACCAGUGUCACAGCAACAGGUUUGCAGCAGCGUCACCUUCUCAUCUGGCCCUCCUGAGUCUUCUCAACAGACAGCGGGUGUCAGCUGUCGGGUUUAACGUGGACACAGCAAACAGCCGAACUUAUAGAAACACACAACAGGGUCUGUCUGCUGUCAUGUACCACCACUCUCAACAGCAGGGGUCGCAGCCCUUCCCUAAUGGGCCCAGGCCUCCUCUUCAUCAGCCAUCUCCAAAUCAACAUCAGAAUCGCCCUGCCUCGGAUAUGCUGUCACAGGUGAUGGGUUUCCAGUUUCCACGUCCCACCCAGCUCCCUGAUGAACUAGAGUCUGCCCUGGCCAUCCGUGGUGCUAGGGACAUGGACCACCGCCUCAUUGACCACGUAAACCGACCAAACCAGAACCAGAACCAAAGCUCAAGUUCUAGGAUAAGUCAACAUGGAAGCUACAGCUCUAACCCAGUAACACUUGCCUCUGAUAAUCAUCCUGGUCACCAGCAAGGAGUAGACUGGUCAACCUACCAACCUCCAACUAAGCUGUUUGCCAGUCCUCCACCCAGUGCUAGCCACCAGUCUCAACAACUCCAGGGGCCUCAACAGCAGCCCCAGGGCAGCCACACUGGAACAAGCAUCACAAACUGGACUGCCCCUGUAAGUGACCCACCGUCUUCCCAAGCCCGGCAGUCCCAUGGUGGUGGUGGGGAUGGUCAGGGUUUGUACACACCAGAAAGUGCAGGAAGUAUCUUGGCUAGCUUUGGACUUUCAAAUGAGGACUUAGAGGUGCUGAGUCACUACCCUGAUGAUCAGCUUACCCCAGAUACUUUGCCAUUCAUACUUCGUGACAUCCAAAUAAACAAGUCAGGCAACCAGAAAACCUCCACUUCCUCGUUCUCACGCACCGUCCACGAUAUGCCGCUGCCUCCUUCAAGCUCUUCACCAUUGGCACGUUCAAGCUCCCCAGAAGUGCCCAGCCUCCUUACUGUUACCCAGACAGCAGGUAAAGUCAUUGACUAUGGUCAUGCCAGUCGGGCAAAGGAUGAGAAUAGUACCAGAGAGACUUUCAAAAGAGAGCAGCUCUCCAGCGAAAGGACAGUUAAAAUGUACCCAUCUGCAUCCUCCUCCUCAGCAACUUCAAAAGUGGACAAAGCUGAAAGGCGACAGGUUCGUUUGGAACACACUGAAUCAAGCAAGCAUGGAGACCGGGACUAUCGCAGGACAAGUAGUGACCAUCACAAGAGCAAUCGGUCACCUGGGAGAGAAUUUCCAUCUUCAUCCAAAUCUCGUAACCUAGACAGAGACUACAGGCGUGACGGACCCAAACCUAGGCCUUCAUCGGAAACGAGGAGCGAGACGUCCUCAAGACGGUCUCUCUCCUCCUCGUCUGGCUCAAAACCACACAGCAGCAGCAGCAAGAAGUUACCCACCCCCACCAUGAUAAGUGAUUUCUCAGCUGUGUCUCCAAAGGUGUAUCCCCACACCUGCUCCUUGUGCCACAUACAGUGUGAUCAGGAAAAGGACUGGGUUGACCACAUUAACACCGUCAACCACACUGCUGCCUGCAGAGACCUGCGCAACAAGUACAGUGACUGGAAACCAAAUCUACCAAGUCGGAGUGGACGGUAUGGCAGCCGGGCUCUGUGGGAUCCCAAGGAUCACUCUCCAUCCCAUGCUGUGUCUCGAUCCCUCUCUUCUUCUCCUACCUCAAGUCCUCCUCACAGCAAACACAGGGUGGGUCCCCAUCCCCACAGGCUGCACGGGAGACCUUACUUGCCCCACCAUCACCCUCGCCACCAGUACUACACAGGGGGUUCUUCUCGCUUUGGUGUGAAGCAUCCACAUGAUGAUUCAACAAAGUUCUCCUCUGACACCAACCGACAUUCAUCCUCCUUCAAGGCGGGUCACAGCACCAGACAUGGACCGUUACAUCCGUCCUCCAAAACUGUUAAGAGCGUGGCGAAACCUGGCACCAAGACAGCUAAGAUGUCUGCCAAGCCUCCACCAGCCAAGAAGAAGAAGAAGGUAGUGACUCUGACCUCCCAGGACUCUUCUGUCGCAGAUCGACUGGUUUAUCUGACAGGCAUCCCAAAAGAUGCGUCAGAGCAAGAUGUGACUGACUUGGUCGGGUCCUUUGGCAAGAUCAACAACGUGAUCCUCAUGCCGUGCUCUGAGGAAGAGAGCGAGAAGGGCGAAGGGCAGAAGGCAUCUGUCUGCAUGGUGAAGGCUGAACACGCUCAGGCUCUGGCUAACUCCACUAAUCUCUCCAUCAGAGACCAGCAAAUAACUGCUUCAAUAGCUAAGAAACCUGAAUCAUGGCAGUCUUCUGAUGCUACCAACAGCAAACCUGCUCCGGCACCGGACAAAGAUGCUUCUGGGGAAAACUGUGGAGGUGAGGCUGAACAGAAGACUUCUGAUGACAAGGGCAUGGUGUUGAUCACAGGACUUCCUGAGGGUGGCUGGUCAGAGAGCGACAUCAUCAAGCUGCUCCAGCCCUUUGGUACUCCCUCUGACAUAAUCCUGGCGACACAAAUCCGAAAGGUACUUGUGUCAGUUCCAGACAUGGAGAUCGCUCAAGAGAUAGUGAAAGUCAACUCCUUUAUGCCUAUGAAGAUUAAAGACUCUGAGCUGAAGAUGACUCAUCUCAAACAGUGUAUCGGUCUCAGCACACCGGUGGCACUCUACAACCUUCUGAUGGGAUCAGUGGACCCAUUAGAAAGUCCUGUCCUGGUGGGCUGGAGCAGCCUGUUGGUGAUCAGUAAUGUUCCCAACACUCCGUCUGGCUCCUCUGAGGUACAGAAGCUGGUGCGACGCUUUGGUACCGUCAUCAAGACUCUAGUGCUCAACAGUAUGGUCAUUUGUGAAAUGGCGACUGCAGCCAUGGCCCUGUCUGUUUACAAACGCUUCCAGACGUUCCCUUGCAUCAUCCACAACAACCCUCUGUUCUUCUCCCGUAAGCCUGACCCCAAAGCCAACAUGCAGACCAAAGUCAUCGCUGCCUACCUUGAUUCAUCUGAGGAUACACCUGCAAAUGGCAAAGGCAGCCAAACAGUAGCUGCUGCAGACAAAGAGGAGACAGCACAUAAAGCGGAUUCUGAAUCUCCCUUGGAGUGUGUGGAAAAACAUGGCGAUGGGAAGGAUGAGCAAAUGAAGAGCGCAGAGAAGACGGUUGAUGAAAACGAGGCUUUGGGAGAGAACGGGAGCAAAGACAAUGAAAUCAAAAAAGAUGACCUUACCAAUGCUGUUUCUGACUCUGUGGCUGCACCAGACCCCAGACCAGAGGCAGACAUCGAGACAGACACAAGGGAAACAUCCACUGUUGAAAAUGUCAUGGAGACAGCAGAAGAGAAGAAAGAUGGAAAUGAAUCCAAAGCAGGAAAUGACAAGACUCCUGCUGGUGAAGAGACAGAGCCAUCUAGCUCUGAUGACAAAACAGCUUCCCAGGAGACGGCCAUGCCAGAGCUCCCUAAGGUUACUCAAGAGAUGGUUAAUGCUCUGCUAGUGGAGUGCCGAACAAGAACCGCCAGCCAUCCCAACAACACAGCAGCUUCCACCAAUGGAGCACAGGGGGAAACACAAAUGGAGACAGACCUGGGUCAAAAAGCAGCAAAGGAGACAGGCGAGCCAGCCAUAAACCACACAGAGGAGGAGGUGAAGAAACAGGAGAGGGAGCGAAAAGAUAGAGAGGCAAGAAAGGAGAAGGAGGCGAGGGAGAGAGAGAGGAAGGAGAGGGAGAAGAGGGCUUGGGAGAAGGAGAGGGCCAGGAAGGAGAAGGAGCGGGAUGAAAGAGCCAGGAGAGAGAGAGAGAAGAGAGAGGAGGAAAGAAGGGAGUGGGAGAGGAGGGAGAGAGUGAGGAGAGAGAGGAAGAGAGCAUACGGUGAAGGUUUAUCAGGACUGAGGUCGUCUGGCAGGUUGGAGGGAUACAGGCAGAGCUCCUGGAGGGAUGAACACUAUAACCACUCGGAAGCUGAGACCAAAAUGGUGCGGGAAGAGGAGGAGGAGGAGGAGUUUGAUGAGUUCCCCUUCAACAUGAGUGACUUUGUGACAGUAGAUGAAGUGGGAGAUGUGACCGACCUUCCUCGGUCUCCCUCUCCCACUGUUCCCACGGAAACCACAGAGGGAAGGGAAGAUACCCCCACAUCUGUCAAAAAGGAUGCUCCAGGGGACACACCCAUGGAGGUGACCACGGAAAUAAGAACGUCAGACACCACAGCAUCCCUGGAGAAGUCUGAUGAGCACGGAUCAGACCCUGAACCUGUGUCUGUGCCGACAGCUGAGCCUUCAGAUGGUUUGGUGUCAUUAGAUAUAACACCCGAUCCGAUCCCCACUGAGGCAGCGUCCCCUGCACCGGCUUCACAAUCUGACUCGUCCUCCAGCCAAACACAUGUGACAUCAUGCCAGGCCGAUACACCUGAGACAGAAAGCACACUGACAGCCACUCUGGACUUCACCACCAAGACUGAACCCGUUGCCACACCUGCUCCUGAAGCUUCAGCUGCCCCAGCUGACUCCUCUGUGACUGCAGAGAGUGAGAAAGAUGAGAAGGAGGACAGUGCUGUCAAUCACAGUCAGGCUGAGGAGGAGGAGAAGGUGGUGGCAUCAGACGAAACAGAGGAACCCGAGAAGAUGCAGGAUAAAGAGGACAAAGAGACCGGGGAUCAUGCAGUGGCAGGAAAGCACAAGAGGUCUGAAGACCAGACAAUCACUGAGGAGGAGAGCGUGAAGAAGAAGUUAAAGACAGAAACUCCCAUAAGCACAGACUGCCCCCUCCCUGCUUUUGACCCCAGCAACCCAGUUGGUAUGGAGUUCUUGGUCCCAAAGACAGGUUUCUUCUGUAAGGUGUGUAACAGGUUCUUCAGCGGAACCAAAGAGGCAGAGAUCAACCACUGCAAAACCCUCAAACACUACGAUAACCUACAGAAAUACUUGCAGACCACGAAGAUGGCGGAUGACAAACCUGACUCCAGCUGAAUGUGGCUACAAACCCCCCCCCCCUCUUUUUGUAUAGUUUCUUCAUUUCACACCAAGGGUCCAGAUUCUCACAUCGGUUUAGAUUACUCUCAUGUCUCAGUUUCAGUGUGUGGUAUUGAUUUUUUGUUUGUUGGUCAGAGAACUUAGAGGAAGCUGUAAACAGUGGAAGGUGGCUGGUAGGAAGAGUUGUGGACUGUCAAUAAAAUGUUUU